CUAAGAAGAAACGUCAAUUGAGAGGUAGUUACUGAUUAAGUGUAAUGAUCAACCAUCAUAGUCCUGAAGAAACCGUAACACCUCACUCUUUUUCUUCUUUUCCACUUCCAAAUUCCAAUGCACCGACUCUAUCAUCACCAUUCCCAUUUCCCAUUAUUAGACAAACCCAUAAACAGAAAAAACCAAACAAAAAUGCGUUUUCACACUCCAACGUUCUUCUUCUUUGGAUGCUGCAUAUUCACCUUCGUCGCCACGGCGGUUCACGGCGCCGGUUACCUUCCUCUACAACGAAACGUUCCUCUUAACCACCGCGUUGAGAUAGACACGCUUAGAGCUCGUGACAGAGUUCGCCAUGGGAGAAUUUUGCGUGCUAGUGUUGGUGGUGUUGUCGACUUCAGAGUUCAAGGCUCUUCCGAUCCAUCCACUCUUGGGUACGGGCUGUAUACUACCAAAGUAAAGAUGGGAACUCCACCUAGGGAAUUUACUGUUCAGAUUGAUACUGGAAGUGACAUUUUGUGGAUUAAUUGCAAUACUUGCAGUAAUUGCCCUAAAUCUAGUGGACUUGGGAUUGAGCUCAAUUUCUUUGACACGGUUGGUUCAUCCACAGCUGCGUUGGUUCCUUGCUCGGACCCCAUGUGCGCUUCUGCGAUUCAAGGUGCGGCAGCUCAAUGCUCCCCUCAGGUUAAUCAGUGCAGCUACACCUUUCAGUAUGAAGAUGGGAGUGGUACUUCCGGUGUUUAUGUCUCUGAUGCCAUGUAUUUUGACAUGAUUCUCGGACAAUCUACUCCUGCCAAUGUUGCUUCUUCAGCUACCAUUGUUUUCGGGUGUAGUACCUAUCAGUCUGGAGAUUUGACUAAGACGGAUAAAGCGGUCGAUGGAAUUCUUGGGUUUGGCCCUGGUGAACUAUCUGUUGUAUCACAAUUGUCAUCACGAGGAAUAACACCCAAAGUUUUCUCUCAUUGCUUGAAAGGAGAUGGCAAUGGAGGAGGCAUUCUAGUUCUUGGUGAGAUUUUGGAGCCAAGUAUUGUUUAUAGUCCACUUGUCCCAUCACAGCCUCAUUACAACUUAAAUCUUCAGAGCAUUGCUGUCAAUGGGCAAGUUCUCUCAAUUAAUCCAGCUGUAUUUGCAACAUCUGACAAACGAGGAACUAUCAUUGACAGUGGUACAACAUUGUCAUAUCUUGUUCAAGAAGCUUAUGAUCCUCUUGUCAACGCAGUAGAUACGGCCGUGUCACAAUUUGCUACUUCCUUUAUUUCAAAAGGAAGCCAGUGUUAUCUGGUCUUAACCAGUAUAGAUGAUAGUUUUCCUACAGUCAGUUUCAACUUUGAGGGUGGAGCAUCAAUGGAUUUAAAACCAUCACAAUACCUUUUGAAUAGGGGUUUCCAGGACGGUGCUAAAAUGUGGUGCAUAGGUUUCCAGAAAGUGCAAGAGGGAGUCACAAUUUUAGGAGAUCUUGUCCUGAAAGAUAAGAUAGUUGUCUAUGACUUGGCUCGUCAGCAAAUAGGAUGGACUAACUAUGAUUGUUCUAUGUCUGUAAACGUCUCAGUGACUACAAGCAAGGAUGAGUACAUCAAUGCAAGAGCAAGACAGACGGGCAGCUGCUCGAGGAUAGGGAUUCCCUCCAAGUUACUACCUGUAAGCAUUGUGGCUCUUUCUAUGCACAUAAUAAUCUUCAUGAAGUCGUUACAUUUGUAAUUUAUACUCAAGAUUCCGGAGCUCAUUCGUUGUCACCUAACAAUGAGACUUACUUGAGCUGGCAACCCUUCUCAUAUUUGGAUCGGGAGUGGUUGAUGUGUCUACUGUAUGUUCACAAAAAGGAGUAUCCUCCAUUUAUCCAAUGAAAAUGCGGAUCACAUUGUAAAGAGAGAGUUGGAAGUGAUGUACAUUAGUUAUCUUUAAUGGUUCAGAUUGUAAUAUUUAUUUAGCUCCGAGGGCACAGAACAGUUCAGCUGUGGUCUUCAGCUCUUACUUUUAGAUAGGUGUAUAGGAUUCUCAUAACAAUGGAUUCAUGAAUGGUGCUCAGAUGAUUUAUGACAAUUAAUUUAAUAUUUACUUGAUUAAAGACUAAAA